CUUAUCACCUUUGCUAUUUUUCAAAUGGACUGUUAAUGGCCUUUUCGAGGUGGUACUAGCCUCUAUUUCCUGACUCAUUUCAGCAUAACAUACAUAAAAGUGAUGGCCUGUUUUUAAAAUCAUUGAUCUAUUUGCAUGAUAGCAGCAACAAUCACCAACAUGUUGCUAUGCAGAGAGCCAUCCCCUUGUUUUGUGGUGGGUAACAUAUCUCAUCCCAUCCAUCAGCAAACACUUUGGUAAAUCCAUGGCAAUAAAGUCCUACAGUUCUUCAAUAUCAAUACGAGCAUGUUUCCUCUUUAAAACCGAGGAUGACAUAGAUAAUGCAGGUACUCAAAGGUCUCGAUUCCUAUACGUGUUAAACGGAGAAGUGGACAUCUGCUGUUAAAAGCCAUAUGAUGGCCACUCAAGAUAACACAAUGUCACGGCUGAUAGCACAGAGGAGGACCUAAAGGUGGUGUGACAUCACUGGAGAAUGGAGAUAAAAAGGUUGACUGUGAAAGUGGUUUAGUUGACAGAAAACCAUCUCAGCUCCAUGAGGUCCAUACUUGUGCUUGUCACGCUGCUGUGCGUGCUGAGUGUGGCACAGGCUCAGGUGCAGGAUAACACUCUGCGGCUAUGUGGUCGGGCAUUUCUGCGAGCUGUGGUAUACACCUGCGGAGGAUCCAGGUGGAGAAGACUGAUGGGAGAUGAUGCACCUCUGCCAGACGGCAGCAGGGAGCCAAAGUUCAUGAGGAGUAGAGAUGCAGCGGCAGCAAUGGAGCAUCACUGGCAGGACCUAAACCAAGGCCUAAUGACGGUGUGCUGCCAACUAGGCUGCAGAAAGAGUGACCUUUCCAUGCUGUGCUAAGGAGGACAUCAUCAAUCUGUCCUGCAUUACUUUGAAAUAAACAUAAUGUUGAGAAAGUUG